GCGGCGCGGCAGGCCGCCGAGCCAGACAUGUUUGCCGAGGGCGGCGCCGACGACAUCUUUGCGGCCACCCCCACCGACGUCAAGGAGAAGGAGGCGGCGGCGGCGGCGCAGGCUGGCCAGGCCGCCGUGGCUGCUGCGGGGGCGCGCAAGGGCCUGCUGGACAACUACGACGACGCGGAGGGGUACUACAACUUCCAGGUGGGCGAGGUGAUUGGCGAGGCGGGCGGCGCGCAGUACGAGGUGUAUGCGGCGCACGGCAAGGGCGUGUUCUCCUCGGUGCUCCGUGCCCGCGACCUGAGCCGCCGCGACCACGACACGGGCACCUACCCAGAGGUGGCCAUCAAGGUCAUCCGCGCCAACGAGACGAUGUACAAGGCGGGCCAGAUGGAGCGCGUCAUCGCGCGCAAGCUGAGCGAGGCGGAUGCGGAGGGCAAGCGCCACUGCAUCCGCAUCCUGGGGUCCUUUGAGUACCGCAACCACCUGUGCCUGGUGUUCGAGGCCAUGGACAUGAACCUGCGCGAGCUGACCAAGCGGUACGGGCGCGGCAUCGGCCUCAGCAUCAGCGCGGUACGCGUGUACGCGCAGCAGAUGCUGGUGGCGCUGUACCACCUCAAGAACUGCGGCGUGCUGCACGCAGACAUCAAGCCAGACAACAUCCUGUGAGCGCGCCGAGUUUGCCUUCAGCACUUUGAGUCGGACCCCAACAUGAGCUUUGCGCUGCUGGAGGAGGACCCGGUCACAAAGAGGCCGGUACGCCGCCUCAUCUCCAACCCCACCGUGCGCAAGGACUUUGCGGCGCUGCUGGCGGGGCAGUCGCCCGACCGCCGCAAGCUGGCGCAGCUGGUGGACCUGCUGGAGCGCAUGAUGCAGCUGGACCCCGACAAGCGCAUCAGCCCCAAGGACGCGCUCAGGCACCCGUUCAUCAAGGAGCCUCCCACCACCAAGUGAGCGGCGCUAGGCGGCCCAGGAGCGCUGGCGGGAUGGCCACCCCGGUUGCCCCAGUAACUUGUUGGCUCUGUCAGCUUCUCCCACGCAUGCUUCUCUUUCCCCUUCUCUUCCUCUCCCGGCAGCACACCAGCCCUAUCCCUCUCCAAAUCAACCUGCAUGACUUUUUUCCUCCCCCCUUUUGCUCUGCUCUUCCCAUGCUAGCCACGCCUUGCAGCCUGUAAGCCACUGCACUCCGCGCCGACGGGCAGGCCACCUC